CUGCUGUUCUUCCCGCUCCCAGCUCCAUCCCUGUCCCCAUCCCUGCUCCCGGCUCCAUCCCUGUCCCCAUCCCUGCUCCCAGCUCAGUCCCUGCCAGAGCGUGAGGCUCAGUGGGCGGCUGGGUGCCGUCCUCCCCCCCGGCAUCACCAUCGCACCCAAGGGUGAGGAGGACCUGCUGGCCCUGGCCGCCUCCCGGCUGAGCCGCAGGAAGCGGGUGGCCGGGGCGGCCGUCGGCGUGGCCAUGGUGCUGGUGCUGCUGGUGGCCAUCCCGCUGCUGGUGCACAGCUCCAAGGCGGCCGCGCACUACGAGAUGCUGGGCAGUUGCCGCAUGGUCUGCGACCCCUACCCCGGCCCCGAGCUGCCCCCCGCCUCCCCGCCACCCUUCCUGCCCGGCGCCAAGGGCGAACCGGGGCGCAAGGGCCGCGCUGGCGUUCGGGGUCCCCCUGGACCACCGGGACCGCGGGGGCCGCCGGGUGAGCCGGGCCGGCCGGGGCCACCGGGACCACCGGGGCCGGGUCCCGGGGGGUACAUCCCCUCCUUCUACAGCCCCAAGAUCGCCUUCUAUGCGGGGUUGCGGAAGCCCCAUGAGGGCUACGAGGUGCUGCGCUUCGACGACGUGGUCACCAACGUGGGCAACUACUACGAGCCCUCGAGUGGGAAGUUCACCUGCCCCCUGCCUGGCAUCUACUUCUUCACCUACCACGUCCUCAUGCGUGGCGGCGACGGCACCAGCAUGUGGGCCGACCUCAUGAAGAACGGGCAGGUGCGGGCCAGCGCCAUCGCGCAGGACGCAGACCAAAACUACGACUACGCCAGCAACAGCGUCAUCCUGCACCUGGAUGUGGGCGACGAGGUUUUCGUCAAGCUGGACGGCGGCAAAGUGCACGGCGGCAACACCAACAAGUACAGCACCUUCUCCGGCUUCAUCAUCUACCCCGACUGAGCCCCCGCCCUGGCGCGGGGACAGGGCUUCGGGGAUGGGGGGUGGGGGGCGUGUCCCAGUUCCCACUGGUGUCACCGUCCCCCACGAUAGCUUUGGGUGCAACAAGACACCCGUGAGGACACCCGCGUCCCCUGCCCCGCUGUACGUGCAGCUCUCGGCUCCUCCACAUCCCCCCACCCAAAAUCACCCCCGUCAGUGUCGUUCCACCCCCCAUCCCCCCCCCCAGCAUGCCAGCACCCUCAAGGGCGUCGGGGUGUCCCAGUGCUGUCCCCACCCCCAGGGUACCCCCCGUCCCUGCAGCUGAUCGUUGGGCUCUGUGUUCCCCCCAAUAAAACAAUCUGGGUUUGGA